UCUGAUCCAGGAAAAACACGACAAGUUUGAUGCUGUUUGUCUUUUCAUUUACAUCUGGACUUUCAGUAGUAAAUGGAUGAUCAGACUGAUAGCGUUAGCGUGCUAGCAUUUCAAAACUGAAACAUGCUACAAGUAGUUUAUCAGUUGUGAAACCGGCGACAUGUUGAUGGAAGCUUUUCUAAAUCUGUGGAAAGACUUUGAGGUUUUUAUGCGUCAAAGUGUCUGAUGUGAGUAAAGGAACCUGUUAAUUCUCAGUCCUCCAGGUCCUGGUUUACGUCCAAAAACUGCUUAAGAAGGCAACUAGACUUUUCAUCUGAGGAGAUUGUUCGGUUCUAAGACACUGGAGGAAGUUUGACACUGACUAGACGUGUUUGUGUAAACGAGCAGAAACUGGUGCAACUAAUGUCCAAAUAAACCUCAAACUUCCUCCAGUCUCUUAGAACUGAAGAAGCUGCUCUGAUGAAACGACUUCUCUAAAGAACUCUACAGGUCUAGUCGCCUUUUAAUAAAAACAUUGAAGACGACUCUGAUCCAGGAAAAACACACAAGUCUGAUGAUGGUUUGUCUUUUCAUCCUCUUCUUGGUUUUCAGUAGUAAAUGGAAGACAGGACUGCUAGCGUUAGCAUGCUAGCAUUUUAACAUUGAAGCAUGUUUCUGAAAAACCAACAUCUUCAUAUCUGUGGAAAGACUUAGAGCAGGGGUGUCAAACAUAAGGCCCAGGGGCCAAAGCCGGGCCCCCAGAGGGUCCAGUCAAUUAAAGAUAUCGGCUGAAAAUAUUCAAUAAAAUAAGAAAUUGCACCUUGAACCUCUUAGGACAUUUACAGCUGUUCAUUACAUGUACUUGUUCUUCUUUACACUAAAGUAAAGGGAAACAUUUGGAGUUGUUGUGUUUCUGGCCCCUUCAGAUCAGCUCGGGCUGAAUGUUUGACCCCCGGACUUAGAGGUUCACUUAGAGACGUUUCUUCUCAGAAUGAACUGCUUUUCUGUCUUUUCGUUGCUUCUCGUCCCGUGUUGUCGCCUGUCAGACGUGUCGGAGUCCAUCCUUCAGUCCAUGCAGCGGAGCCGGCGCCUCCUCUUCGUCCUCAGCCCAGACUUCCUGGCGGAGAAGAGCUUCAGCCUCCUGGAGUGUCGCCUGGGCCUGUACCUGCACCACGGCCGCCGGGCCUCCAUCGUGUGCGUCACGCUCCGCUCCGUCAGUAAACUUCCGUGCGUGGAGGUCGCUCAGCUGCGUCAGGCCGCCGCCAGCAGCGUCUCCUGGCGAGGAGGUCGGUCCGAACCGCGCCGGUCCCGGUUCUGGCUGAGGCUGAGGCUGGCGCUGCCGGUCCGGCCGCUGGCUCUGGGCCGGCGGCUGAUUGACAGCACGUCCUCUCACUCGGACCUGGCGGCCGCCGCGCUGCAGCGGGUCCACCACCAGAACCAGAACCAGAACCAGAACCGGAGCGACGCAGCCAAUCAGAGCCGGCGACACAGGAGGAUCAAUCAGAGCCGCAGAGGCAGAGUGGCCCCGCCCAGAGGGAGGGGCAGCGUGAAGAGGGCAGGGUCAUGCAAGAAGGAGGAGGAGCCUCAGCACAGCAGGCGCUGCUCGGGGUGCGCCGGGUUUAUGGGUCCGGUGGUGGACAGAGGGGCGGUGCUUACUGUGGGGGGAGGGGUUCAACAGUCAGACUCCGCCCACAAUGCUCAGCACACUCCAAGCCCCGCCCCCGUACCUGACCUGACCUCUGACCUGGACGCAGACUCCGCCCCCUCGACAUGUAAACGGGACGAUGCAGAGACACAACAGCAACCGCAGCAGGUGAUUGGUUCAAGAACUUCUGAAGAAAUUGUAAAGCAAAGAGAAAGCCCCGCCCCCUUUCAGGAGAAACACCAACAGAGCCUUUGAUCCAGACUUUUUAAAUGGACAAUGCUGAGUUCAAGUUACCAUCAAUUAACUUUAAAAUGUUGAAAUAUUAUUCAAUCAAUAAUAUUUACAAACAUUUUCAUUGGUUGGAGCAUGACGCUGUGAAAUGCCUUAUUUCAUGAACUCAAACUGACUCCACUGAAAACAUUAAAUUAAAUUAAAUUAAAUUAAAUUAAAUGAGUUUAAGAUCUUCAGGUUUGGUUCUGUUUGGUUUAACUGUCAAUGUCUUGAACGCAGCUUUCACGAUGAACCAAAAUAAAACCACUUUUCUGUUUUACUUUUAUUAUUUCUCUCUGGUUUUACUCUGAUCAUAAUUCUUCAUGUAAACAUCUCAAACGGCCAAUAAAUCAAACACAUUUAGAAACUUUAACGGCUGCAUUUAGUUUUCUGAAUGAAAUCAAACUAAUUUCUAAGUAAAUAAUUUACAUUUAAGUUGUGUUUGUUAUUUUUAGGUUUAUUAACGGUUUCAUGCUUAUACACAUGCAUUUGCUCUGGACACACUUUGAACUGAAUGAGACGGUGUCUCCAGACUUUUAACAUCUGCAUAGAAAUAAAAAUUCUAAACUAAACAUCUGGAUCUCUGCAACCAAAGUUACACGGAGACACAUGAGACAGAUGUAGGAAACUAGUCUGCAGGCUAAGCCUAUAAUUAAACCUGGGCUGAUGUUGUGAUGAGCUUUACUCCAGGUAUCGUUCACUCCUCCUCUUCCUCUUCUUUUAAAUCCAGACUUUGACAGAAUCAGUGAAUGUCCUCACACUGAGUCAAACAUCUGCUGCUUCCUUCGUCUUCUCUCUGAUGGAGACAUUGUCUGUGAGACCUGGACUGUUUGUCUUCUUUGCGGUUUGU